GCAGGUAGCUGAGAGUCUGUCGCGGCGAGCGGCAGCCUGUGCAGUCCCGUCGGCGGCUGCGUCUGCAGCAUGGCCGGCCUAGGGCGGCCGGGCCCGGGGCCGCGCACCGCGAUGCCCGCCUGGAAGCGGGAGAUUCUUGAGCGGAGGCGAGCUAAACUGGCCGCCCUGAGCGGAGGCCCGGGACUCGGAGCGGCGUCCGAGGGACAGAACGAGAAGCUGGUACUGGCGGAGAGUCUGGGUCCCCUAAGCGAGAACCCGUUCAUGCGACUUGAGUCCGAGCGGCGGCGCGGGGCACGGCCCGCGCAGCAGCUGCUGGAGCUGUACCGUCGCGUGCCCGGCGUGCGUACCAUCCGAGCCGACAACAUCCUCAUCAUCGAGUCAGUGCCUGGCUUCCCGCCCGCCGUGCCGCCUGCUGCGGGCAUCCGCGCUGCCGAAGUAGUGGUGUACGAGGCGCCUCAGCCGGGCCGUGUCAGUCGCCUGUUGGAGAAGUUCGAUUCGCCAGCCGCGCCCCGCAGCCGCGGGAGCCCGGAGCGCUCCCGCCCUGGGCUCCCGCAGCUUCCCGUGGCGUCUGCACCUACUCCCGCGCGCGCUCCCAUCAAUCGGUCGUUGGCUUCUGCCCCAUCGGUGCCUCUCAGCCAGCCCGCACUCCCUGCUUCGCCUGUCCCCGUUGCCCUGCGCGCGGGUCAGCGCUCCGCCUGUUGCGAGCCUGCGCACCCCUAUGGCAUCGCAGGCCCCGGGACCCGGCGCAGCGACUUCCUACAGAAGACCGGCAGCAACUCCUUCACUGUCCACCCCCGGGGCCUGCCUCGCAGUGCGGUCAAUCGCUCGCUUUCUAAUGGACCCGUGACCCAGAAGUCCCCGGCCGGCCCUGCCAAUGGGUUGUCGGGUUCUCCGCCUGCGCCGGGCAAGUGGAAGCCAAAGGUGGAGUCAGGGGAACCCUCCCACCCGCCCCCCAGUCCGGGGACCCCAAGUGCCACUCCAGUUGGGCCCCCUUCCUUCCCAGCGCCCAGCCCAGCCAGUGCCACUCCCAGCCAGCGCCGGUGGGUCUCUUCGGCCACAAGCGCCAAUGACUCUUUCGAAAUAAGGCCAGCCCCCAAGCCAGACGUGGAAAGUAUCCCAGUCGGCGACCUUCAGGCCAGGGCUCUGGCCAACCUCCGUGUUAACUCCCGCAAUUCCUUCAUGUUGAUCCCCAAGCGCAAGGCCCCUGGGAACCAUCCUUCGGAGGCAGAGGGGAGGCAGUCAGAGGAGCCAAACGGGGAGGUAGACCGGGCCUCCCGGAGCCAGGGGCUCAGAGCUCAGCUGGCGUCUGCAGUGGAUGGUGCACCUGUCCCAGGGAGGAGUCCCUUGGCUGCUGAGAUGCAGUGGGCAGCUAGGGAGGGGGGCUGUCCCAGGCCAGCCACUGCUGUCACAGACCGGUCUGUUAGGUGGCAGAGGCCGUCCUCACCACCUCCAUUUCUACCAACCACUGUUGAAGCUGAGCCAGCUGAGGGCUUGGGGGUUCCUGGCUUGGCCAAGAAUGGCCAGGAGCCUGGGAGGCCAGAACUUCCAGUCACCUUCAUUGAUGAAGUGGACUCCGAAGAGGAGGCCUCCCAAGAAGCCAAACUGCCGUCCUCAGCCGUUGGUGUGGCCCCCCAGUACCACCUGGACCUUGCCAGGCCUGGGCACACCUCUGAGCUCCCAAACAGAGGCAGCAACACUUUCAUAGUGGUGCCCAAGAGGAAGCCAGAGGCCCUUCAGGAGCCUCACUUCAGACAGGCUAACGGGCAGUCCCAGCAACAGGAGGCUGAGGAACAGGAUGCUGAUAGUCUCUCAGGACCCCACACUGCCCUGGAGAACACCCUUAAGAAACGCUACCCCACUGUGCAUGAGAUUGAAGUGAUUGGUGGUUACCUGGCCCUGCAGAAGUCCUGCCUCAUCAAGGCUGGCUCCUCAAGAAAAAAGAUGAAGAUCUCCUUCAAUGACAAGAGCCUGCAAACAACAUUUGAGUACCCUUCUGAGAGCUCCCUGGCACAGGAAGAGGCAGAGGAGGACGAAGAGGAAGGAGAGGAGAACGGUGAAGAAGAGGAAGCAGAGCCUGAUUCAGAGAAGCCUUUCUCGGUCUUCCUGCCCCGGGCCACAUUUAUAAGCAGUGUAGGACCUGAGAGCCCCCGACUACCAGAUGGCAGCUCAGGCCUGUCCAGCUACACUCCCAAGCAUUCCAUGGCCUUCAUGAAGUGGCAGGAGCAGACGGUGGUGCAGGCCCCGAGUGAGGGGGAACUCCCACUGAAGGAAGUCAUGCUGACACCUGCCAGUCAGAAUGACCUCUCGGACUUCCGCAGUGAGCCAGCCCUCUAUUUCUGACCCCUGGAGCUGCCAGGAGGGCCAAGACUUAGCCCCAGGUGUGGCGGUUCUGGAAGCCAGUCAAUGCCCAGCAGCCCUGACUAUUCUAUGCCCCUUCCAUGUGGCUCUCCCUGCUUUCCCUCUCCCUGCUGUUUCCUGCUUUAGGGCUAGGUCUGAAUCUCAUUCCUGUUUUGGGGCUCCAAGGAGGAACAGAUGGGAACAGGUUGACAUCUGCCUGUAUCGUCCCAUCUGUGAGGAGGUCGGGGCCUGAACAGAUCUUGUCCUCUGGUGACGUCUGUCCUGCCUCUCGGGAGUACCCACUGUCAGGAGUGAGAGGCUGUCCUAGUUAUUUGCUCUUUGCUGAACCCCGAGUUCCUGCCCCCACCCCAUGAUUCUACUAUGGUAGAACUCAGCUACCCUUAAUGAUGGAUGGCAGGGUGUUUUUUCCCCUGAUACUGGACUCAAUAAACAGCACUGUAACAAG